AUGAACUCAGAGUACUCACAAUUCCGAACUAGUGAUCUUCAAGUUGCCCUGGAGAAAUAUCAAGAAAACAACCAUCCAACAUCUACAAUGAUUCCCGUGAAAGAAUGCAGCUGGGAUGAUGUCCUCGAGGAAAUGAGCCAAGCCGUAGACGAGUAUAACGCAAAGGACCAAGGCUCCAAAAAUUGUAUCAGAAAAGGCCUGAGGAAAGUUGGAGAUUACGCACCGGCAAUAAACCCGUGGUUUGAUUUGAUACCGGAUGGUCAUGGAAUGAAAACCCUGGGCGCCGGUCUGAAGCUUAUUUUCAACAUUGCAAAACAUCAAGCGGAGUAUCGGGAAAAGAUUCUCACGGCCUUCGGAGACUUUGUCACCAUACUUGACAAUACUCAUGAGAAACGGCGGAUUUUCAGAACCCACGAGCGGUUACGUGCUUGUUCAUUAAAUGUAUAUGAGACGGUGUUGGGCGCCAUUACAGAUUUAAUAAAUCUAUUAAACCACCGGACUUGGAAAGACCGAGCUGCCUCAUUCAUACAAGGUCCUCUGGCAUCCCGCGAGAUUGAUGAAAUAGUGAGCAAUGUCAACAAAAAGCUCGACAAUUUUCGCAACUGCCUCGAGGACGUGCGAGACCAAAAACUGACUUCCGUACACCAAGCGGUAACCUCUGGCCAAAGCGAGCUGCACGCAGUGAGAUUGAAUACCAAAAAUAUCGAGAUUGACGUUCGCGAUCUACAUGGUAACUUGAACGAGUUUGCCGCGCAAGCAAAUUUCACUCAUAGCAAAAUCGAAAACAUCGAAUCUGGCGUCAAUCAAAUCAACAAGAAAAUCGAUCAACUGAUCACACAUCAUGCCCUGGAAGCGCAAACAUCGCUAUAUCAUCACCUCCUAGAUACGAUCAAAGCAUAUGAAUCCCAACAAUUGAUGAGCUACAAGGCUGAGAGACCGCACUUCCAGAUGCUACAACUUCCUCAAUUCUUAGAAGCUCUUCAAGUUCCAUACAUGCUUUCAACCCAGGACCUGGAAUAUGUCAUUCGCCAGGGCCCAAAUUUCAACGCAAAGGCCCAAAUUCAAGCUCAGCAUCUCACAAAUUAUCCAGAGUUUCAACGAUGGCUUGCUUCAAGGAGAUCAGAUCUACUGCUUGUUGACGGCAAUGCCGACCCUGCGGACCCGAACAGGAUAUCCCCCCUUUCGGUGGUAUGUGCUACUCUCGCCCUCAGUUUACACAAAAGCAAUAGCAAGCCCCUUGUGCUUCAUUUUUUCUGUGGGCAGCACUCUGCAGCGACCGAUCAUUUGAAUGGACCAACAGGGCUUAUGCGAAGCGUUAUCACGCAACUACUGUAUUCUGGAAGACAAUUCAAUAUCGACUUUAUCGAUUCGCGAACAUAUCGAGAGUCUCUUGAAGCACAUUCUCUUCGAUACCUUUGCGAUACAUUUUGCAAGCUUAUUGAGCAGCUCCCGUUAGACACCAAUGUUUUCUGUAUCCUCGACGGAAUCUCAUUGUACGAAACUGAGUUCUGGCUAGAUGGGAUUGUGUGUGUGUUUCAAGCACUUAAUGGUGUUGCAACGGAUGAGCAAUUACGGCCAGUGUUCAAGGUAUUGCUUACCAGCCCGCAUAUGAGCCGGAACUUAGGGCGGCGAGUAGCACUGUCACAACAUGUGGUCCUUCAACCCGGCGCCAUCAACGGGCGUCUGAUCUCUGAGCGAUCAAUAGGGAGGAAGCUAGAUGGGGUCAACUGUCGUCGAUCACACCCAAUCAUGGCCCAAGGGGAAGGGGAGAGUUCUUCGGACGACUACGAGGAUUCUUGUGAUUACUAG